GACCUACGAAGCUGACAGGUCGUCUCUACUUUUCCGGCACCCUACAAAUUGUGUGUCUUUUGCUCUUAAGUCAUGGAUAAUUCCUACUGGCGAAACAAGGUGGCUGUGGUGACGGGCGCCUCAGUGGGCAUUGGGGCAGCAACGGCUGUGCUGCUAGCCAAUUCCGGCAUGACUGUCGUUGGUCUCGCCCGGCGAGUGCAGCUCAUUGAGGCUCUCAAAGAUCAGGUGAAAGGCGAGGGAAAGAUCUUGGCCCAUGAGUGCGACCUGAACAAUGAGCAGCAGUUGAUGAGAGCCUUCACCUGGCUACGCGAGAAAUUCCACUGCAUUCAUGUCCUUGUCUGCAACGCUGGCAUCCUAAAGGCCAACUUUCUCACUGAGUCAUCGACCAAGGACAUAAAGGAGCUUUUCGACACGAAUGUGGUAGCCACAGCCAGCUGCCUACGGGAGGGUCUCAAGCUCAUGGCUGUGUCUAAUGCUCGGGGACAUAUUGUGGUCAUGAAUAGCGUCCUCGGGCAUCGCAUACCGGAAGUGCCGGUACCCUUAUUCAGCGUUUAUCCGGCCACGAAGCAUGCAAUUACGGCACUCUGCCAAACGGUGCGCCAGGAAAUACAUUUUCUCAAAUUAAAUAUUAAAUUAACGAGCAUCUGUCCCGGUAUGGUGGACACGGAUUUUCUCAGUGUUUACUCGCAGGCGGUGGCCGAGCUGCCCAAGCUGCAGCCCCUGGAUGUGGCCAAAGCCGUGCUGUAUGCACUCGAUACGCCCGAUGGAGUUCAGAUCGAGGACAUAAUCCUGCAGCAGAUGCGAAAGGUUAAUUAAUGUUCCCACUACAACGACGAUGGCCACAUACCAUACACAUAGAUAAAACAUGUAUUUCACUUUUAAUUAAA